AUGUUUCUUACGCGGUCCGAAGUGAGUGGUGGUGUGCUGACGUGGACGAGGAUGCUGAAAAUGUUUGGCAAGUCAAACAAGGCCAAGCAAGCGGACGCAGAGAGAGGCGAGCCAUCCUUGGUCGCCUACUCCUCCGCUUCCCCCCCGGCGCCGCUGCUGUGCCAGCAGGUGGCCAUGGCGGACGUUCUGCGUGCGACAGGCGGAUGGGAGGCGGAGAGGCGCAUCGGCAACGACGGGUUUGGCUACACGUAUCGCGGCAUCAACGAGAUGGCAUCGAAGUACCACCCGCACCUGGUGCGGCUGCUGGGGUUCUGCGUGGACUAUGACGCGGAGGCGAAGCGAAUGGAGCAGAUCGCCAUCUACGAGUUCAUGCCCAACGGGGACCUGCACCACCGCUUGCAUGGCGACGAUGGCACAGGUUGCACCAGCGUGCCUUUGACCCUGCAGCAGCGGCUGGACAUUCUUAUAGGAGUGGCGCGCGGGCUGGAGUAUCUGCACAGCUUUGGCAUCGUGCAUCGCGACAUCAAGCCUUUGAGCAUAUUUCUGGAUGGCAGCAUGCAGGCGAAGAUUGCAGGGUUUGACCAUGUGAAGGGUGCAGGUGACGGGGGCGACGUGUUCGGCGUGCCUGGGUACUUGGACCCGCAUGUAUGGCAAACUAAGGGAUACGCGCCCACUACCGUUAAUGACCUCUACAGUCUGGGAGUGGUGCUGCUGGAGCUGCUGUCAGGCCGCCGUGCCGUCACUCCAGGGAAGACCGAGCGACAGUAUCUCAGAGACAGUGUUGAAUCGCAGCUUGAAGCCAACGACUUGGCUGCUCUAUUUGAUCCCUCCCUCACCUCCUCCUUCCUCCCACCCGCCACCAAUACCAGCAUUAGUAUCCCUAGCAGCACCACCACCAGCAGCUUCAGCACGCUCUCUGGUGCCGCCAGCACCACCAAGGCAGGCACAGCAGCUGCCAGCGCUGCCGAUACUACACUGGGCGUUCCCAUACCGAAUGUUCUUAUACCCAGUUUGGUGCGGCUGGCUCGUGUCGGGCUCGCAUGCACAGCCAUGCCGGCCUCCACCCGGCCCUCCGUGGGAAAACUUCUUGCUGAGCUGAAGAUUGUGCGGGAUGACGUGGCAACAGCACUGAGGCAGAAGGAGGAAGAGGUGGAUAAGCAAGAAGGGGAACUGCAGGGAGGGAGGGUUGCCGUGGCGGUCAUUAGGGGAAAUGAGCUUUUGGACUCGUUGGGCAAUCCUUCCCAUGCUGACCCUUCCUCCACAUCUCCUAAUCCUUCCACUCUUCCGUCGCAGCUUCCUCCUCCUCCUCCUGCUGUGCUCGCCUCCUCCUCCUCUGCCCUCCCCCCGGCGCCGCUGCUGUGCCAGCAGGUGGCCAUGGCGGACGUGCUGCGUGCCACGGCCGGGUGGGCGGCGGAGAGGCGCAUCGGCAGCGGCGGGUACGGCGUCGUGUAUCGCGGCGUGAGCCCCUUGGAUGGGUGCACGCUCUGGGCUGUGAAGCGCGCCCAAGUGCUCACCAAUGACUUCCGCCGUGAGAUCGACGAGAUGGCAUCGAAGCACCACCCUCACCUGGUGCGGCUGCUGGGCUAUUGCGUGGACUAUGACGCGGCGGCAGAGCGCAUGGAGCAGAUCGCCAUCUACGAGUUCAUGCCCAACGGAGACCUGCACCACCGCUUGCAUGGCGAUGAGAACAAAGCAGCUGAUUUCACCCCCCUGACCCUGCAGCAGCGGCUGGACAUUCUGAUAGGAGUGGCGCGUGCGCUGGAGUAUCUGCACAGCUUUGGCAUCGUGCAUCGCGACGUCAAGCCCGCUAACAUCCUGCUGGACGCCCACAUGCAGGCGAAGCUGGCAGACUUUGGUCUGCUGAGGCUGGCGGGAGGCAGCUGCUCACUGCAGUCGACGCGAGUGAGGGGCACGCCGGGCUACGUGGACCCCGUGUAUUCAAUCACUCACAAGGCCACUCCAACUGCUGAUGUGUACAGCUUUGGAGUGGUGAUGAUGGAGCUGCUCACCUGCAAGCGUGUCGUGAUGCCGUGUGAAGAUGGAUUACACAUCAACAUCAAGGACUGGGUGGAGCAGCAGGUGGAGAGAGGGGACAGUGCGUCGGUGGUCAACGAGGAUCUCAAUGCACCGCAUGCCAUGGCCUCCAAACUGGUAGACAUUUCUCUCUCGUGUGUUGCGAAGCUUGUUUCAAAUCGACCCAGUACGAGCCAGGUGCUAGUUGAGCUUGAGGCUCUGCGCAGGGAGCUGAUGGGUGGAAAGCAGGAGAGAGUAGCCAGGCAGCUAGAUGCUCAAGUUCAACGAGCCUCACUGGAUUGUAGGCAACUGGAGGAGGAGCUUGCGAUGAUCUAUGGUGCUCAGAAUAAGUAG